CGGCGCCGGGGUCGCGGUGUGUGCAGCUGCUCAGGGGUGGCUUCUCGGCGGAGGCUCGGCCGGCUCCUCUCUCGCGGUUCCGCGGCGGCGGCGGCGGCUGCUCUUGCCCUCUCGCUCUCCCUCUCGCGUCUCCCGCUGCAGGUGGAAAGCAAGCCAGCCAAGAUGGAUAUCUACGACACUCAGACCUUGGGGGUUGUGGUCUUUGGCGGAUUUAUGGUUGUUUCUGCCAUCGGUAUCUUCCUGGUGUCAACCUUCUCCAUGAAGGAGACAUCGUAUGAAGAAGCACUUGCCAACCAGCGCAAGGAGAUGGCAAAAACUCACCACCAGAAAGGCGAGAAGAAAAAGAAGGAGAAGACUGUGGAGAAGAAAGGAAAGACCAAGAAAAAGGAAGAAAAACCUAAUGGAAAGAUACCUGACCAUGACCUGGAUCCCAACGUGACCAUCAUCCUCAAGGAACCAGUGCGUGUACCUUCUAUGGCUGUGGCUCCAACUUCAGUCCAUUCGUCUAUGGUCCAUACCCCUGUAGCCACUGUACCAGCUAUGCCUCAAGAAAAGCUGGCUUCCUUCCCUAAGGACAAAAAGAAGAAGGAGAAAAAAGUGGCGAAGGUUGAGCCAGCAGUCAGUUCUAUUGUGAAUUCCAUCCAAGUUCUUGCUUCAAAGUCUGCCAUCUUGGAAGCAACACCCAAGGAGGUGCCUAUGGUGGCUGUACCCCCCGUGGGCUCUAAGGCCAGUGUUCCAGCCACCAGCAAUCAGGGCAAGAAGGGGGAGGGAGCACAGAACCAAACCAAGAAGGGGGAUGGGGCCCAGAACCAAGCCAAGAAGGGAGAGGGAGCCCAGAACCAAGCCAAGAAGGGAGAGGGAGCCCAGAACCAAACUAAGAAGGGGGAUGGGGCCCAGAACCAGGCCAAGAAAGGGGGAGAAGGGGCCCAAAAUCAGGGCAAAAAGGGGGAAACAAACCAAAAUCAAUCUAAGAAAGGUGAGGUAGGCCAGAACCAAGCCAAGAAGGGGGAAGGGGCUCAGAACCAGACCAAGAAGGGGGAAGGAGCCCAGAACCAGGGCAAGAAGGGGGAAGCAACUCAAAACCAGGGCAAAAAAGUGGAAGGAGCUCAGAACCAAGGCAAGAAGACAGAGGGAACCCCAAACCAAGGCAAGAAGGGAGAAGGUACUCAAAACCAGGCCAAAAAAUUAGAAGGCUCUCCUAACCAAGGAAAAAAGGCAGAGGGGGGCCAGAACCAGGGUAAGAAAGGAGAGGGGGCCCAGAACCAGGGCAAGAAAGGAGAGGGGGCUCAGAACCAGGGUAAGAAAGGAGAGGGGGCCCAGAACCAGGGCAAGAAAGGAGAGGAGGCCCAGAACCAGGGUAAGAAAGGAGAGGGAGCUCAGAACCAGGGUAAGAAAGGAGAGGGAGCUCAGAACCAGGGUAAGAAAGGAGAAGCAUCUCCCAACCAGAGCACAAAAGUUGAGGUUAUACAAAACCAGGGCAGAAAGGCAGAAGGAACCCCAAAUCAGGGCAAGAAGAUGGAGGGGGCCCAGAACCAGGGUAAAAAGGGGGAAGGGGCCCAGAAUCAGACCAAGAAGGGGGAAGGGGCCCAAAACCAGGGGAAAAAAGGGGAAGGGCCUCAAAACCAGGGCAAAAAGGCAGAAGGGGCCCAAAGUCAAAGCAAGAAAGGGGAGGGCACCCAGAAUCAGGGCAAAAAGGGGGAUGGAAAUCCCAACCAAGGCAAGAAGGGGGAAGGGACUCCCAACCAGAGUAGAAAGACUGAUGCAGUUGCUAAUCAGGGCACAAAGACAGAAGGUGUCUCAAACCAAGGAAAAAAAGCAGAGGGGGGCCCCAAUCAGGGCAAAAAGGUAGAUGAGUCCCCCAAUCAUGGCAAAAAGGUAGACACAGCUGCCAAUCAGGGUAAAAAGUCAGAGUCGGCUCCUGCCCAGGAUAAAAAUGCAGGAAUGGUCCAGAGCCAGGAGGCACCAAAGCAAGAGGCUCCUGCAAAGAAGAAGUCUGGUUCAAAAAGAAAAGGUGAGCCUGGAACCCAAGACUGCGACAGCCCUCUCUUCUUGCCCUAUACGACGCUGGUCUCCACAGUUGGAAGCAUGGUGUUCAAUGAGGGUGAGGCCCAACGGCUUAUUGAGAUCCUCUCUGAGAAGACUGGAGUUACUCAGGACACCUGGCAUAAGGCCACGCAGAAGGGUGACCCUGUAGCAAUUCUGAAACGCCAGCUAGAAGAGAAAGAAAAGCUGCUAGCCACGGAGCAAGAGGAUGCGGCUGUCGCCAAGAGCAAACUAAGGGAACUCAACAAGGAGAUGGCUUCAGAGAAGGCCAAAGCUGCAGCUGGGGAGGCCAAGGUGAAGAAGCAGCUGGUAGCUCGGGAGCAGGAGAUCGCAGCUGUACAGGCACGAAUGCAGGCCAGCUACCAGGACCAUGUGAAGGAGGUGCAGCAGCUGCAGGGCAAGAUCCGGACUCUUCAGGAGCAGCUAGAGAAUGGCCCCAACACCCAGCUGGCCCGCCUACAGCAGGAGAACUCCAUCUUGAGGGAUGCGUUGAACCAGGCCACCAGCCAGGUGGAAAGCAAGCAGAACACAGAACUGGCAAAGCUCAGACAGGAGCUUAACAAGGUCAACAAGGAGCUAGUGGAGAAGUCAGAGGCCUCCCGGCAGGAGGAGCAACAACGGAAAGCUCUGGAAGCCAAAGCAGCCACCUUUGAGAAGCAGGUCCUACAACUGCAGGCAUCCCAUAAAGAGAGUGAAGAGGCUCUGCAGAAGCGCCUUGAGGAGGUCACCCGGGAGCUGUGCAGGGCACAGACUAGCCACGCCAGCCUCCGGGCAGACGCUGAGAAGGCCCAGGAACAGCAGCAGCGGGUAGCAGAGCUGCACAGCAAAUUACAGUCUUCUGAGUUAGAAGUGAAAAGCAAGUGUGAGGAGCUGAGUAAUCUCCACGGGCAGCUCCAGGAUGCCAAGGCAGAGAACUUACAGCUCACAGAGAGGAUCCAGUCCAUCGAGACGCUUCUGGGAGCAGGCCAGGCCCAAGUCACCCAGGCCAGCCAAGCUGAGGUGGACCAGCAGCAGACUCGUCUCAAGGAGCUGGAGUCACAGGUGUCAUGUCUGGAGAAGGAGACCAGUGAGCUCAAGGAGGCCAUGGAGCAGCAGAAAGGGAAGAACAAUGACCUCCGAGAAAAGAACUGGAAGGCCAUGGAGGCACUGGCCUUAGCUGAGCGGGCCUGUGAGGAGAAGCUGCGUUCCCUGACCCAAGCCAAGGAGGAAUCAGAAAAGCAGCUCCAUUUGGCUGAGGCCCAGACCAAGGAGGUUCUGCUGGCUUUGCUCCCAGACCUCUCCAUCUCAGCACAGAACUAUGCUGAGUGGCUGCGGGAAGUCAAAGAGAAGGGCUCUGAGCUGCUAAAGAAACCGCCUGCCUCCGUAGAGCCCUCCUUGGACAUAGUCUCCAAGUUGAGGGAGGCCGAAGAGACCCAGAACUCCUUGCAGGCUGAGUGUGACCAGUACCGCACCAUCCUGGCAGAGACGGAGGGUAUGCUCAAAGACCUGCAGAAGAGCGUGGAGGAGGAAGAGCGUGUGUGGAAGGCCAAGGUGGGGGCUGCUGAAGAGGAGCUCCAGAAGUCACGGGUCACAGUGAAACAUCUGGAAGACAUUGUAGAGAAGCUAAAAGGAGAACUUGAAAACUCAGAUCAGGUGAGGGAGCAUACUUCACUUCUGGAAGCAGAGCUGGAGAAGCACAUGGCAGCUGCCAGUGCAGAGUGCCAGAAUUAUGCCCAGGAGGUGGCAGGGUUGAGGCAGCUUCUGUUAGACUCUCAGUGUCAGCUGGAUGAAGCCAAGAGUGAAGCUCAGAAACAAAGCGCUGAGCUUGCCCUGGUCAGGCAGCAGUUGAGUGACAUGAAGAGCCACGUAGAGGAUGGUGACGUGGCUGGGUCUCCAGCUGUCCCUCCAGCCGAGCAGGACCCUAUGAAGCUGAAAACACAGCUGGAACAGACAGAGGCCAUCCUGGAGGAUGAGCAAACACGGCGGCAGAAGCUCACAGCUGAGUUUGAAGAGGCUCAGAGCACAGCCUAUCGGUUACAGGAAGAGCUGGAGAAGCUCCGCGCUGCUGGUCCCCUGGAGUCUUCAGGAGUAGAAGAGAUUACACAGCUGAAGGAGAGACUAGAAAAGGAGAAGAGGUUAACAAGUGACCUGGGGCGUGCCGCCACCAAGCUUCAAGAACUUUUGAAGACGACCCAGGGGCAGCUGACAAAAGAGAGGGACACAGUAAAGAAGUUGCAAGAACAGCUGGAAAAAGCAGAGAAUGGUAGCAGCUCAAAGGAGGGAACCUCUGUCUGAGUCUCCUCGGCAAACUGUUCAACUUACCAAAAUGCCUUACACAUUCCUUACAAAUAAACCAACCAACACAGCGUUAUCCAGGCCCAACUUCCAGUGAAGCCAUUGGAGACAAGUCUCAGAACCACAGAAAUAAAUCUUCCAGACCCCCAGUCUGUAAAAGAACUUUUGUCACAUUUGAUAAACACUAUUCCCGGGAGCAGCCCUGGACCACCUCGAGCAGACGCCAAAGCCCUCAUCAACGCUGACAGACCGGGGUGUGCUGGGAGUCCAGAACGCUCGGGAUUUAUGUCAAUCAGUGCAAUUGUCUGUAUUUCUCAGUGGGGCCGGGUCGGGGAGCAACAGGCCAGGUGGUGAGUUCUCAGAGGCUGCUGAGCAGACUGGAGGGCUUCAGCCCAGCCCAGCAAAGCUGCAGCCCUCACCCCUGGAAAUUGCCAAGCAGAACUGACAUGUGACUGCCUGGAUGUCAAUGCCAUUAAAACCAACGUGUUGCCCGGCA